AAUUGCGAUUCGCUUUCGUCGUCCUCUUCUCUGGAGCUAUUCGGGAAGAUCUUCGUCGUCUCUGCAAGGUUUUGUUUUGUUUUAUGUUGUUUCCGAUGAAAUUUAAUUUAGGGUUCGUCUUGAUUUUGCAUAACCAACCCCUUCUUUUGUGUUUGUUUUUUCUUCAGUUCUAGGGUUUGGUAGUUUUGUAAUUGUUGUUUUUUUUUACCUUAGAUUUCGAUCGAACCCUUAAAAAAAAAAAUUAAAAAUUUAAUUUGGUUUUCCGUUAAGCAAAAUACAAAAUCCAUCGUUGUUUCUUUAGGGUUUCUGAUUGUAUUGUUUCUGCAAAUAAAACAAAAACCCUUUUUUUUUUGGAUUCGUGAUUUCGAAGUCGAAACCGUUUCGUUGUAGAGAUUCAGAUUUUUCGAUUGAUUUCAAAGUCGAAACCUUUUAAACUUGUGUGUUUUGAUCUUAGGGUUUUCAAUUUCAAAAGAAAGAUUGUUUUCUUUUUCUUCUUAUUCGGUUUUUAAAGUUUGUUUUUUGCUUCAAAACCCAAAAGAAAGGGACUACACAUUAUAUGAUUGUGUUUGUCCGGUUUCUAACUUGGGGAAAUUGUCCGCGUCCGUGAGUAAAAAAAAGGCUUGUCAAUACUAUCUCUACUGUCUUGUUGGGGCUGGGACAGCUUGACAGAAACUUCAAUCUCUGCUAAAAGAUCAGUCUUUGUUUAAGGCUUGGACUAUUAUGAUGUCCUUAGAAAAAUUCAAUAUCUCUGCUAUAUAUUAUAUGGAGUUACAAUUCAAUAUUUCUGCUCAUUUGAUGGAGAGUAAAAAGUCCUUUGGACUAUGAUAUCGAAGAAAAUUCAAUACUCUGCUUAUACAAUUAUUCAAUGUUGUGCAAAUUUGAUGGAGAAGAAAAAGAUACAGUCUGCAAGUAAGGGCUUGGUUAAUAUAUGGCUUGGCCUCAGAUGCAUGCUCAGUUGUAACAUUCAAUAUCUCUGCUCUUUAUCAUUGGAAAAUGAUGUCCUGAGAAAUUCAAUUACCUGCUGAAACUAUUAUGUCAUUCAAUAUCUCUGCUAUAGAAAACUUCAGUCUAUGCUAAGUUCAGACUUGUACAGUGAUGUCUGGAGAAAUUCAAUCCUCUGCUUGAAAUAGAAAAUUCAGUGUUCUGCUAACUACUAAUGGAGAGAGAAAAAAAAUGUUCUUUUAUAGGACUUGUGCUUGCUGGGGCUUGAUAACAGAUGCUAGAUUCAAAACUAUAUCCCAAAAUUGGAGACAUCAAUCCCUGCUUAUAUGAGUUCUACUGUCUUGCUGGGGCUGGGACAAGUACUUCACAUUAACUUCAAUCUCUGCUAACGAUUAGCCUCUAUUAAGGCUUGGACAAUGAUGUCCUGAGAAAUUCAAUUCUCUGCUUAAAUGUUAUGGAGUGCAAUUCAAAAUUCUGCUAAAUUGAUGGAGAGUAAAAGUUCCUCUGUAAGAUUGUAAAGCUCAGUUUUGCUGAAGCUGGCAGCAUCCUUAACAUUCAUUAAUCUGCUACAGAAAACUUCUGUUUCUGCUAAGAUCAGACUUGUACAUUGUUUUCUGGAGAAAAUUCAAUUAUCUGCUUAAAUUAGAAAUUCACAUUCUGCAAACUGAUGGAGAGAGUAUCAUAUUCAAUAUUCUGCAAUUUGAUAGGAGAAUAAAAGUCCUUAAGUUAUCUACUAAAAACAGUGUUCGUAAUUUCCUGCACAGCCUCUAUAUAGUGGACAUAAAAGUAUUUCAGAAGAUACAACAUGCAGACUGUAUCUUUUCCUCUUUUAAUCAGCUUCAAAAGCCAAGGACUGGAAUGCGUACAUGAUCUUUCUCAGGUUUGACUUCUCUUCUUCGGUUUUCAAUAGCAUUGUGUUAUUGGUUGUGUUUGAAUUGUUGUAGUGGUACGGUUGUGGGAGACUCUAGCUCUUUGGUAACUACUGGUGCACAAUAGGAUUAGCUGAACGAACAGGUAUGUUUUUGAAUCGAAUUUUUUGUUUCAGUAACUUUUGUCUAUAAAACUUUGGUUUCUCUAUAUAUUGCUUCUGCUGCACAACAGGAUUAGCUUUUUGUAGUAGUAGCAUGACUUUGUCUAAGUUUUGGUUCAGACACUAUACCAUUAGAGUCUAUUUUGAUUGUUGUAGUAGAGACAGUGACUGAUCCUGAACCGGAAAAAUUUAGCCAGCUUUUUGAUCAGGGGCAUGAUUGGAUUUUGGGAGCCUCUCUGGUGCAGCUCGUCUUCAACACUCCUCUUUCCAAGUGUGGGAAAAACGUGCCUGCUUCUACAAUUUACUGACAAGAGAUUCCAACCAGUCCACGACCUAACCAUUGGUGCUGAGUUUGGUGAUCGAGUGGUCACCAUCGGUGGUCGGUCAAUAAAACUUCAUAUUUGGGACACAGCUGGACAAGAGACUUUUAGAUCCAUCACAAGAUCAUUUUAUAGAGGAGCUGCGGGAGCGUUACUGGUUUACGACAUCACCAGGAGAGAGACGUUUAACCAUGUGGCGAGUUGGAUGGAAGAUGUUCGGCAGCAUGUCACUCAUAACAUGAGUAUUAUUCUUAUCGGAAACAAAUGCGAUCUUGUUCGCAAAAGAGCUAUUAGCAAAGACGAAGGAGAAAUGUUUGCCAAACAACAUGGUCUGCUGUUUAUGGAAACGUCUGCACGAACAUGUCAAAACGUUGACGAGGCUUUCAUAGAGACUGCUGCAAAUAUUCUCGAGAAAAUUCAGAAUUGUGUCUUUGACGUAUCAAAAGAGUCACCGGGGAUCAAGAUCGGAUAUUCAUGUCCUCGAGGUGAAAUUGGAGGAAGAUAUGGUACCAUCACCGAGCUAGGUGGUGGCUGUUGUAGUUAGUCCCAAAAAAAAUUAUUUUUACUACGAGUAGGCGUGUAUUUGGUGUUACGCCUGUAUGAUUAAAUUUACCUCUAAAACCAAUAAAAAAAAUACAUAAAAUAUUAAUGUAUUAUACAUAUAGGUUUUCUUUUUCUUAUCAACAUACAGAAAAUAUUUCAUAU